GCGAAAAUAAAUUUCUUUGAAAAAAAUAAAAAUGAAAGUAAUGAUAAUGAAGAAAAUAAUAAUAAAAUUGAAAAUGAUAAAAAUAGUGAUAAUUUAGACUCUACUAAAUCUGAAAAUAAUGAAAACAAUUUAGAAUUAGAAUCUAAAAACAAUAGUGACAAUAAUAAUAAUAUUUUAGAUGAAAUUUCUAUAAUGUUAGAAGAUUCAUUAAUUAAAAUUGAAUUAAAUAUUGGUACUUUAAGUACUAAACAACAAGUCUAA